ACGUGGCUCACACUUGUAUUCCUCCGUCCCGUGGAUGGCCGGAAUCGCCUGCAGGGGUCGACCAUGGGGUGCUGCUCCGAGGAUUCUGUCAGUGUGUCCAAAAUGGCGCUCGAACUUAAAAGCGGACCCAUGCUAUGGCACAAAAGGCGCCUGUUCGGCAGCAACUGGCGAGACGUGCACUCCGUACUGUACAACGACAGCAGCUUGCUCUGGUACAAGGAUAAGUCUCGGCAGGAGCAGGAGGGGGGUGUCGUGCUGAAGAACGCCCCCGAACUCAUCGCCUUUGGUCCCUACACCUCCCAGGUGCCCGACAGACCUUCCCUUCCGGAGCACUACGAGCCCAAGGAGCUGCUGGCCUUCGGAGUGAGAGGAAAAGAUCUCGUCUACUGGUUCCUCUGCCCAAACGAGGAGGAAGUCCAAAGUUGGAUGACAGCCAUUACAAGCACAGUACGUAUUUUAUUUUUUCUACUUAAUCUUUCGGAUGCGCAGCGCAGUCGUUUUUUAAAAAUAGGGGAAACUUUUCUUCCUCCUCCACCUGGUAUGCCGGAACCUCAGAAAAUAGAUCCGAUGCAAAUGCAAUCUCAGCCUCAAGCUAAUAUGCCACAAAUCCCACCUCAUCCAUCACAAGCUCCGCCUCAACCAGCUCAGGCUCCUCCUUAUUAUCCAUCCCAGCCUCCACAAUACACACCACAGCCAAUGCAAGUUUCGCCUUAUGGUCCUCAACAAGGAAUGCCGACGCGGUACCCCAGCCAACCAACGUACCGUCCUCCACCAUACAUAGGACAUAACACAGUUCAUCCCCAACCAGUUUAUCCAUCAAGUGGUGUAGGAGGAGGAGGUACCACAGUGGUGGUACAAGGAGAUCGACCAGGAUACGGAGGAGGCGGUGGUGGUGGAGAUUUCGCCAUGGGAAUGCUCAUGGGCGGAGCCAUCGGCACAAUGUGGGGUGGUGGGCAUCACCAUCAUUAUGGCGGAUGGGGAGGUGGGUGGGGCAAUGGAUAUCAUGGUCCCUCCCACAACGACACAGACAUCACCGUCAACAAUUACUAUGACAAUGACACGUCAAUCGUCAAUAACAAUCUGGACAUGACAAACAAUGUUGCAAUAGAGCAAGAAGCACCAGAGAUAGCUGGAAACGUUGUCAUGGGGGAUAUGAUAGCAGUAGAAGAUGACUUAGGGGGCGGGGUUUUCGAUGGAGGGGAUUUCGGGGGAGGAGACUAUGAUGGUGGAGAUUUUGGAGGAGGCGAUUUCGGAGGUGGUGAUUUUGGAGAUUUUUGAAAAAAAAAGAAAAAGUCGACAUAUU